AUGGAUACAGUGACUCUUAGUUUCGGGGAUAACUCAGAAGUAACUAUUCCUAAAAUUUUCGAAAACUACGAGUUCGUACGUAAGAUUGGCUACGGGUCAUUCUCAUCAGUUGUAUUAGUUCGCCAUUUAAAAACGAAAGAAUAUUUUGCAUGUAAAAUUGUUAGUAGAAAAAUGUUAGAAGAACAACAAAUUUUCAGCCGUUUCGAACAAGAAGUCCGAUUAAUGCAAUCUUUUAAUCAUCCUUAUGUAAUUCACACUUUCGACGUUGUUUUCGAUCCACAAUACAUUUAUAUUGUAAUGGAAUACUGCCCCAACGGUGAAUUAUUUUCAUAUAUCCUCUCGCUAGUUCGUCUUCCCGAAAUGGAAGUUAACAGAAUUUUACGUCAAAUUUUGCAAGCUCUUCAAUAUAUUCAUAGCAAAAAAGUCGCACACAGGGAUAUUAAACCCGAAAAUAUAUUACUUGACUCUCAUAUGGAUAUUCGUCUUAGUGAUUUUGGAUUAUGUAAAGAAAUGUCACAUGGCUCUCUACUUAAGACUCCUUGUGGUUCUCCAUUUUAUGCUCCACCAGAAAUUAUCAAUAACGAUAAGUAUGAUGGCGUAAAAUCAGAUAUUUGGUCACUUGGAGUUGUCGUAUUUACGAUGUCUACCGGAGCUUUGCCAUGGUCUCAUACAAAUCAUGCGCAAUUAUUUAAACAGAUUACUACAACAGAUGUUACUGUACCUCAGGGCCUUUCCCCUCCUCUGCGUCAAAUAAUAACCUUAAUGCUUCAAAGAGAUCCAAAUGCACGUCCAACACCAACAGAACUUUUGGCGAUGCCUUGGUUAGCUGAUGAUAGCUCCAUUGAUUCAACGCCAACACCGUUGAGAAGGAGAUAUUCUUCAGAUAAUACAGCAUACGCGCGGAAACUUGGAACUGCUGAUCACAGACUUCAAAGGAAAUCUCUUGUUAUUAGACCAGAAAAUAUGAUUACGCCUCAAGAAACGAUGAAUUUGGCUAUUCGGAAAGUUCCUAAAUUAACGAAGCCCGAGCCAUACAGAACUGUUAUUUCUCAGAUGUUUUAG